AUGCCGUUCACUCCGGGCCCCUACUCUGGCGUCAGCACCCUCGCCCUUGUGGCGAGGGCGUCCGCCUUCGGCGUCGGUGUCGUCUACGGGAGCAUCAAGCUCUCAAUCCUCAAGGCAACAAAACCUAAAAGGAGGAAGCACAUGCUCAUCACUAAGGACAACAGGGCUGCUACAUGUUAA